AUGCGCGGCGCUGAACCCAUCGGUGGCGCAAAUUCUUGGGAUCGACUGCAGGUCAUAACCCGAUUACGACGUGCGCGCCUAAAGCCUUUACAGGCCUCGUCAUUGUGUUCCAAACACGAAUCCCUAUCUUCUGUUCCCAACGGGAUCCGCACGCCCACCAACGCUGCUCUCCCUCAUCUGCAAGGCUAA